AUGCCGGCUAUAUUAAACACCGAUUUUAUAGUAAUCCUCAUGUUUUCUCGCAAUAAUAAUGGAAAAUACAAGUGUAUGUCAUCAAGUCAAAAGGUUGGAAGUGUUAAAUAUGAAAACAUAGUAAAGGUUUCUGGUCUUACGAAUGAUAAUAGGAGUUAUCGUGAACUCACUAAUUACGACAAUCUGAGGAAUUAUCUCAGAAGGUAUUCUCUAAUCCCAUGGGAAGAAAAGGUUACAUUAUUAUGGCAGACUAUUGGUGGAAGAAAGUAUCUUAUCGAUAACAGUGUUCCUAUUGAAUUGGAACCGAAAAAUAUAUUCAUACAUGAUUCAAUUCUAAAAAUUACAAAUAUAGUAGAUAAUGUUCACGAUGAUUUUCAGCUUAUUCGAUAUAUUUCUCCCGAAAGUUUUUCUAAUGAAAAGACAAAAUCGGAUAUCUACAGCUUUGGUAUAUUAUUAUGGGAAAUAUUUAGCAGUAUCAAGCUUUUUCAAGAGGAUUAUAAUAUUUUGUAUACAAUUAAGAGUGCUCGAAAGUCAUCUCUUAAAAAUGUUGAUCUUUAUAAACUUUGUUUGCUUGAUGAUCUCGAUAAAAGAUCUAGUUGGAAUAGAAUCGUUAAAGGACUUGAAAAUAUUUCUGUUGGUCAAAAUUAUAUUGAAAAUGCUGGAUACGAAAAUAAACAUACUCGCUUUGAUAAAAAUUUCUUGAUCUUGUCAGAUUUCAAUUCAUUAGAAAAUGUGAAAAAAAGACAAAUAAUUGAAUCUUUUAAAUUGAAUAAAGGUUGUAAUCGUGAUGGUUUUAACUUUAAUAAUGCAAAGAAAGACAUUUUCGAAAACAUUGAACUAACCUCAGAUAAAGUGGAGUUUAUACCAAUUGUUUAUUUCGCAAGCAUAAAUGUAGAACCUUGGGGAUUUUUAAAUAGCCUCAAUUUAUCACCAUGCCUUGAUAGUGGUAAUUUGUUUGCUGAUUCAAAUAUUAUAAAAAUCCUCUUCCCGGUCAGAACAAUAGAACAUUGUGGAAAUUUAAAAGAUGAUUUUGUCAGGGAAAUUAAAAUUGCGCUUAAGAUUUUGAAUAUACGUGAAAAAAGGAAUAGAUUAAAAGAAAUAUUUAAUGAAUAUGGUAAAUUCGUAAUUACAAAGUUCACAAUAGGUGGAGCAAUCACAAUCGAUUGUUCAAAAGUUAAUGCUAAAAGUGUAGAACGUUUACAAACAUACCUUUAUUGGGCUGUAAAUUGUGCAAAAGGUGAAUCUCAGCCUAUUUUUGAACUUACAUCACUAGAUAAUUUUCUAUCAUUUGAAACAUUUCCAUCGAGACAUAUGGAAAUUGUUAAAGAUUUAAAUUCUUGGGUGAAGGAUGUGUAUGACUGUAAAAACGUAGCUAUUAUAUCAUAUGAGGACUAUAAACCAUCUUAUGAUUUAUUAGAUAAUGAAUUAAAACACGAGAUAUUUGAAUGUUUUUCCUUUAGACCUACCAAUCAAAACCUUCCAAAGUUAAUUCCACAACUUCCUGCCGAGUAUAAGCAAAAGAUUUUUUCAGAAUGGAUAUCAAAAUCUUCAUUAUUAUUGCGUGUACAUGAUUUGAUAGAAAAACUUUCAUUACAAUAUGAAGUUUUUUUGAGUGAUUCAAAAUUAGGAUACGGGAAAAAAAUAACGACUAAAAUUUUGAAAGAGCCUAAUAUUACCUUAGAGAAUAGUACAACAAUUUCAUUUAUUAAUUCUCAAAAUCGACAAAUCACCUAUUCAUUACCAGUUAUAGAUAAGUUUGACGAGACUUCUUAUUGCAUUACACCAUUUAAUUAUUCAUCAAAUUAUUCAUUAGACCAUUUUCAAAAUCAUAAGAAAAUUUGUUGUCAAAUUAAAUAUAACAUAGCAAAAAUUUCUUUAGAUUUGUCGACUAUCAUACCUACCGAGCUUUAUAAUGAUUCUUUUAUAUAUUAUGGAAAUUAUUAUAGUCAGAUAUUGCCAAAGACCUUUUAUAUCGGUAGUACAUUAACUACAACAAAUGAAACUUGUGAUAUUCCUGAUAUACCUAACAAAGUUUCACAAGAAAUGUUACCAGAAAGAAUUGAACAAUUAUUAAAGGAGUUAAGAGAAAACUAUAAUAUUAACACUACAUCAUUUCUUUGUAAUGAUGGAAGAAUUAUUAAUCAGAAUCAAAUUAGAGAUUGGUUAGAAAAUAUUCAAUCCAAUCUUGAAAAUUUGGAAAUUAUUUCUUUUGAAGAUUGGAAUCCAUCUUAUCGAAUGUUAAGUCAAUUGCGGGAGGAUAUAGGGUCAAUCUCAGAUAAUGAAUAUCAGAUCGUUUUUAAUGAAGAAAACUUAAUAAGUCAAGAUAAUCAAAAUAAUAUGACAAUUAAAUUUCCUCAUCCACUUAUAAAUGAUAAUUACCAUAUUUAUGGAUAUAUUUUAGAAAAAUCCGAUAAUUUGGAAGAAUCUUGGGAAAAAACUCCUGCAGCUAUUACAUUUGAUCAAACUAACAAAUAUGGAUGUAACGUGAUUAUACAUAAAAAUAAUAACUUAAAGUUCAAACAAGAUGCAACUAAAAUUAAAUGGUUUGUAAUUGAUAAAUCCGAUGAAUUCAAUGAAGAUAAUUAUACAAAUUCUAAAGUUACUUGUGGAAGACUUGACAUUGAUGGAUCACAAAAUGAAAUAUUCAUCAUGACUAAUAAUAUUAAAGCAAAUUAUGUACUUGCGACUUCAUUUGUUCAUAAAUCACAAAGUGAUACUACUAAGGAAUUUAUUGAAGAAAAAAUAACUCUUAAUUGGUGUGUAAUUGAUACAAAUGGAAAGGAUUUAAAGAAUCAAUGUGGAGUUAUCCUUGAUAAUGAUUCAAGAAAAGAAUAUGAUGAUUUAAUAGAUUAUGAACAAAAUAAUUUGCGGUUGUCAGAUACAACUGACCAACAUCAUAGGCAAGAUAUCAACUUUAGCAAAAUAUUUAAUUUAGGUAGCUUUUUAUAUUUAGAUAAAAACUCAAAAGGAAAUGAAUGGGUAAUACAAAUAGAUAUAGCUGUGACUAAGUCACUAGCAAACAGGGAUCGUUCCAAAGACAUAAAGGCAAGAAAUGCAUAUGCUUUAAAGCUACCAAUUAAUGCCCCGACUUUGAAUACUUUGUCAGAACGUAAUCUCAAAAAAUUGAAUCUAUUAGAUUUCUUAUAUCGCAGUAUCAAACAAAAUCAAGAGCAAUUAUUCUUAGACGCAAUGAGAUUUCAUGGAUUAGAUAAUCAUUUAAUUGAUCAUGAUAAACUUCAAACGUAUACAACAUCCAUAAAGUCACUUUCUUUCUCACCUAUUUACUAUUAUUGGGCCCUUUCUAAAUUUAAAUCAGUUUCGUCUAUAGCAUCACUUUGCUUUAAAGAUAUUUUAGAAACAAGAAUUAGUAUUGAUAUUAAACGACAAAAUUCUGAUGAAAUUUUGAAUGGAAUUCAAACUGAAAUCGAAAUAGCUUGCAACAUUUAUAAUACUUAUUGUAAUAUGAGAAAUUUUUUCUUGCCUAUUUACAUGAAUUCAAUCUCUCUAGUAUCAGAUGAUGAUAUACUUGGGCCAUUAUUCAAAAGUUAUUUACCAAAAAUAUUUAAAAUACCCGAAUCUUUCCAAUUCCCUCUACCAAUCAUUGAACUUGAAAAUGAUGUAUUUCCACCUUUACCAUUGAUAAAUGACGAUUCAAAAGGAAUUGAAGAGAAUGAAGAAAGUUAUGAACAAAAAAUUCAAGAAUGGUCAGUUGUAUUAAAAAGGAUGAAACAUGAUAUUGACACAAGAACAAAUGAAGAAACACAAAUAACUCAAGAAUUUAGGACAUAUCUCCGAGAAUUUGUAGCAGAUGCAGAUAUUGAACUUAAUUAA